AUGACCUCAAAAUUUCUUAAAAUCCGAGCAGCAGGUUGCGUUAAAUGUUUUGGACAAGAAAGAGGAGGCAGUGCUAAGUGUAUGAUGUCAUCAACAAGAUCCAAGAAGUCCUGCAACAUCAUGGAUAGACUGGUUAAAAUUGCAUACGAUAUAAUUGAAGAUUUUUCUGCGGACUCUCCUAUUGAAUCAAAAGAAGAGAAAGAGAAAGAUGUAGAGGUCAACACAUCAAAAUUAAAGGCAAAUGUCAAAAGAUUUGACACAGCUUUGCAACCUUAUAUCAAAACGGUCAAAGGAAUGCAGGGGCUUUUUAGAUGGAAAUCAUCUGCUUAUACAUUGAUAGUUUUUAUGGUUUAUAUGCAUGCCGUUUGGAAGGGAUAUCUAUUGCAAGUGUUCUUAUUUUGUUUAAUCUUCAGACAUUUCAUCAGUUAUCUUCAAAGCAAAUACUUUUUUUCCCGCAAAGAAAAUGAAUCUGAGAAAGAAGAUACGUGUUUGGGAAACAUGAACAAAACCAACGUGCUUGUUUCAAUGGGACAGAGGAUGCAGGUUUUUCUUGGACAAGCCGCUGAUUGCCUCGAAAAGAUUGAAAGUGUUUUGACCUGGAAAUCCCCCAAAGGUGCCAAACGGGUUUUCACAGCUCUCUGCAUUGGUUUUGUACUGUCGAUGGUGGUGGACUACAAUUUUUUUUUCAUCGUAUUUGAAUUUUAUUUAGGACUACAACUCUUCAUAAUGAACUAUGUAGACCACAAUUACCCUAGAGUCAAGCGUAAAUACAAUAUUCUUUUCAAACUCUGGAAAUCUCUUCCAACUCGGGAAGAAUGGACCAAUGCUAAUUUAGAAGGAGACAAUGUAAGUACUGUGUACCCUGAUUUAAAUUUGUCCUUACAAAAAGAGAAUACUGGUUUCGGUCCAAAAAAUACAGAGAACUCUGCAGAACUGGAAGUGGCGGAUAGAGAUAGAGAAUUCAUUGAGCUCUUCUGUUUACCUCCCUCAGAAAUUCCUUUAUCUGGGUGGCGCGGAGGGAGACGGUGUACGUUGGUUAACAGAGAAAAGAAGGGCAUUGGUGUCUUUAAAAACGGCAAACUGUAUCUAACAAAAAGGUACAUGGUAUAG